AUGGACCAACAGCCUCUCUCACCUCCGGCAGAGCCCGAACCAACCUCAACAGCAAACCUCCCCUCAAACGCACCAGUCCCGCUUGACUCCCCCCUCCGCACAACACUGAUCCACCCAUCCCUGCCCGAUAUCCGCGUCCCAAGCUCGCCCCUAAAACCAUACCAGUACGACCCAGUCACCUGCACCCCCAUCGAUCUCGAGUCUGACUCGAUCCGAUCCCAACUCAACCACCUUCGCACGGAAUACCCAUCCCCUAGUGCGGCGCUGAAAGCGCAAGAGCAAGUAGCCAAGGAAGCGAAGCGGAAGAUCGAGGAGGCGGAGAAGAAGCGCGAGGAGGUGCAAAAGGCCGUGGAUAAGAAGGUUAAGGAGCGCGAUACGGAGAUGAAGGUACUGUCGAAGUAUCAGAAGAAUUGGCGGCGCUCGCCGACUAUAUGCGCUGCAAUCGGCUUCCCAGCCACCAAAACUGCCAGGCAGGGCCUACGGACAACACAACUGCCCGGAACUCGAAGCGCGGCCCUCAUGGGCAAAUAGAAGAGCUUCUCACCUCGCAGAUGCACGGCGCCGAGUCUACAAAAAGUCGUUGUCCUCUUACUAGAUGAGGCUGCAAUCUCGAGUCAGAUCUUCAGAGGAGCUCGCAGCUAGUGCUUCGAUAAUGUCCUGGCACACUCAAGUCUCUAGUCUUGACAUGAACCUGGAUUUCCUGUGGGCUAUGGACGGAUUAUAUAGACAUCGACCCCACUCGACCUGUAUGGCCCGGCGCAUAACAGUCCUCAACAUGAACAUCAUUAAACAUGAAGCGCGUGAUUACC